UUUGCUUGGCAGGGGGGGGAUUGUGAAUGGUGGUAUAUACGUGGGGCCAUUGGAUGUUUAGGAGACCGAUCAGCUGAUCUCGUCCCUUUCCUGCCCGGGCAUGCCGUCUUCUUCCAUGCUCGCACCUCUCCUUUCCCGUCUUGUUGGUAUCCGGAAGCCUCAGGUAUCCAGCGUCCCGUCUGGACCCACGCCGGCCAUCACUCUUCCCACGCCGCGAGUAUCCCGCAGCCAGGUGUCGCGCAUGGGACUUCGCUGUCAAGCGAGGGUCGGUGGCCGCUUGUGCAGCGAAUCAGAGGGCGGCGUCGGACGGCGUUGGGCACCAUUAGGCUGUACUGCAUGGAGGCCCAACUUGGUGGCGGGCCUGAGGCCAACGCGAGCCUCUUUCUCUCGAGUCUCGGCGGUCUGCUGUGGCCGGUGCAGGUUCAAGAGGGGAAGAGAGGGAGAGACGAAAAGUCUGCCGAGGGAUGGGAUAUAUGUACUUAUGUAAAGGAUCAACUGCGAUGCUCCACGAUUCUAUUCCUUCGCUUGAUGACUGCCGCUGUGGUGAAAAGGUACACCUGCACGGUUAAAAGCAGCAGCAUCUCUGUCUCGGAGAGGGGGAAAAGCGGCACCAGACCAG